AUGGAUAAUAGGAGUUAUGAUUAAGAAGAAGAGAUAAUCGAAUAGAAGCCUUCCCAGUCUCCACAAAUGAUAGACGAAUUGAAUUUCAAUAAGAGAGAGACCGUAACGAUGAAGUAGAUUAAGUAACUCUUCGAGGAAACAGAACCUGAUUGGGAAAGAAUCAAAAACGUCUAAGGGACGUACAUCAUUAUGUUAGCCUUACAAAACCUUUUCUCCCUUUGGAUUCUAUUGCUUCUUUAUCUGAUGAAUUUAGGGAAUGUUAUAGCAAAUUAUAUCAAAUAUCCAGUCGAUCUUGUGUUCAUUUUCAUUUAUCUGUAUUGUCUAAUACAAAUACAAUUCAAAUAACACGAUUGGGGAUCUCCACCAUUCAACUAUUUGUUAUACGUAAAGAUGAAUAAUAAUUCAAGUUUUUAGAUGGCCCAUGCAGUCUCAAGGACAUUGUUAUCCAUAUUUGUUAUAUUUAGAUUUACAUUUAUACACUUAGAAAUAGUGUACAUAAUGAUUUCACUUGAUUUUGUCAUUAUAUUUCUAUGCUUUCAGAUCGAUAGGAGAAGCAAGGAUCAAUGCUUCUUAGCCAAGGAUUAUUGGUGGAGGUAAAUACGCGAUUGCUUAUUAAUUUUUAGGGCUCUGUUGAUAUUUAUGCUCUAAGAAAUUCUAGUGAAUCUAGUUUAUGCAGUGUAUACUUGGGUGGAAGUCUUUGCUUGGUUCUUUGCUUAUUUCUUAAUUCUAUGUUACGUGCUUUGGGAGUGUUAGAUGAUCAGGUACAGACCACAUAUGAAUUUUUACUUCAAUGCGUUUUAUUUGGGUCAAAUCUAUUUCGAUAGCGAUAUCAUGUUUCCCUGUUCCUUAAUAAAGUUGUUUAGGCAUUGA